AUGCCUGUGUGUGACUUCUUUAUUGUGGAGGAGCUGCUGCAUGUCAGCUUCCACCUGACUCUUGAUGCAAUGGGACCUCAAUUCAAUGGCAAGGAGACCAAGACAACUGGGGAUUUCGUGCUGCAGCUUUCAUCCGCCUGCACAGCUGUUGAGAUUCUAACAUCUUCCACCUGCACUGCCAUUGAGGACUCGCAGAAGAAGGGCUUCAAAGCCAACCUGGCGCUCCUGCGGCGCCCCGGGGAAAAGACGUACACGCAGCGCUGCCGCCUCUUUGUCGGCAACUUGCCGGCGGAUAUCACGGACGAUGAUUUCAAAAGGUUGUUCGCCAAGUACGGAGAGCCCGGAGAGGUUUUUAUCAAUAAAGGGAAAGGAUUCGGAUUCAUUAAACUGGAGUCCAGAGCUCUGGCUGAGAUUGCCAAGGCCGAACUCGACGAUACCCCCAUGCGGGGUCGACAGCUCCGCGUUCGUUUUGCCACGCACGCUGCCGCUCUGUCCGUGCGUAACCUUUCACCGUACGUGUCCAAUGAGUUGCUGGAGGAAGCGUUUUCUCAGUUUGGUCCAGUCGAAAGAGCUGUUGUGAUUGUAGACGACCGUGGUAGAUCGACAGGAAAAGGCAUUGUUGAAUUUGCCUCUAAGCCGGCUGCUAGAAAAGCAUUUGAACGGUGCACUGAAGGAGUGUUCUUGCUGACAACUACUCCUAGACCCGUUAUUGUAGAGCCUCUUGAACAACUGGAUGAUGAAGAUGGUCUUCCAGAGAAACUUGCUCAGAAGAAUCCUUUAUAUCAAAAGGAAAGAGAGACACCACCUCGGUUUGCUCAGCCUGGCACUUUUGAAUUUGAGUAUUCCCAGAGGUGGAAAUCCUUAGAUGAAAUGGAAAAACAGCAGAGAGACCAGGUUGAAAAGAAUAUGAAAGAUGCCAAGGACAAGCUUGAAAGUGAAAUGGAAGAUGCCUAUCAUGAGCAUCAGGCAAAUCUCUUGCGUCAAGACCUUAUGAGGCGUCAGGAAGAGCUGAGGCGUAUGGAGGAACUUCAUAACCAGGAGAUGCAGAAACGCAAGGAAAUGCAGUUGAGGCAGGAGGAAGAACGUCGGAGACGGGAAGAAGAAAUGAUGAUCCGCCAGCGGGAGAUGGAAGAGCAAAUGAGAAGACAGAGGGAGGAGAACUACAGUAGAAUGGGUUAUAUGGAUCCAAGAGAGAGAGACAUGCGAAUGGGUGGUGCCACCACAAUGAAUAUGGGAGAUCCAUAUGCUUCAGCAGCCCAGAAAUUCCCACCUCUUGGAGGUGGUGGUGGCAUAGGAUAUGAAGCUAGUCCUGGAGUUGGGCAACCAGCCAUGAGUGGUUCUAUGAUGGGAAAUGACAUGGUGAAGAUGUUGCAAGUUGAGUGAAACCAGAGUGCUCAUCCAUAUGAAGUGAGUAUAUCUGUUAAUUGCUUUACAAUAAAAGGGAUAUUUAACCUGCUGUGAACUGGAGUGCUUGAUUGCCCAUGCUUCCAAGUUGCUACAUCUUAGUAGAAGCUAAGAUUAUAAUACCACGUAGAUAGGUAGUAGUUUUGCUACAUGCACCCCAUUGUGAUAGGGGAUAUAGAGAAGUUGUUAAUAAUACUAAAACGUAGUUCAAACUACUAAAUUUGUGAAAUGCCUGCUAUUGACUGCUUUUUAUAUUUUUCCAUAUGACUUGCAUACCUGUACUGGCCAUCACUUCUGAUCAAAACUUCCUUUUAUUCGGUUCCAGUCGUUUUUCCCCUUGAUCUCUUACUUUCCCUGGAUGUUGUUUCUCAUACAGGACACAACUGAAUGCCGUUGCAUAACUUUUGAAAGUCGCCAAAUAAAGCAACUCACCUGCAGGAUUUUCAACAUUUAGAUGCAACAGUUCUACUAGGCAGUAUGUGUUUGUGGAGUGAAUAGAGGUUUAGAACAUGUGUUCACGGAUAUGAAUUCCAGUGGGAUUUGUUUUAACUGUGACUUGAUGACAAUAGUAGUAGAGCUGUCUUUCUAACAGAUGUUCCAUUCUUUAUUUUUGGCAUACAAAAUAUGGGAGAAAUUAACUUUGCAUUUUUUCCUAGUACAGGAGUAGAGCAUGAGCACAAUCCAGCAUGAUGUGAUCUCAGGUGCUGUUGCGUAGCCAAAAUACAAAAUCAGUUGGAGGAAGCGGUUUUUGAAAUCCAAAAGAGCCCCAAUGGAGGGGAGCCAGGAGCCAAGUGGCAACCUUGCUUUUCAAUAAAAUAUUUUUUAUUUUCCUAUAG